CCCCCCCCCAUGCGCGCGCACACACAGCGAGAUAUACACGUGCGUGUGCCAGUCGCGGGACACUGACUGCCGAGUGAGAGAGGGGAGGAGAGAAGCUGGGGAGAGCCAGAUAGCAAGAGAGUGAGAGAGAGAGCAAGUGAGAGAGAGAGACAGAGAGAGAGAGCCAGAGAGAGAGAGAGAGACAGAGAGACGCGCCACAAUACAGAAGGGGGAGCAUUUAUAGAGGCGACCAGAUUCAAUAAUCGCGUCUCUCCGAAGACGUGGAGCGUUGACGAGGAGAGAGCGCGAAAGACACCGAGAGAGACGAGAGAGACGAGAGAGCGAGCGAGCGAACAUCCUUCUCGCUUCGAGGUCCUAUUCUCGGAGCUCGUGUAGAGACUUCAGCCGCGGCCCACGUCAGCCGUACGCCGCGCGCGUGCUCGUUACACGGCGCGCGUGCGCGUGAACACACCGCGUGCACACACGGGCAACGCGCGUGGUUCGUCGCGUACGUGGCCUUGAAUCCGUCUUGCCGCUUCUGUGACGUCUCUCUCUCUCGCUCGCUCUAUCUCGUGCCACAAUCUCCCUGUCGCGAGGGACUCGAGCGAGUGGGCGAGGAGGAGAAGGAGGAGAAGGAGCGAUGUUUCCACGUUCCAUCGCCCCCACCAUCACCACCACCACCAUCGCACCGGACCGUGCCACGCCGCCGCUUAGCUAAAACUCAAAGCGCGAAGAGAGAAGAGGCGAAAGAGGCCAGAGAGAGAGAGGGGAGCCAGUUUGUUCGGAGAAGCGACUUUGACAAGCGCGAGAAGAGAGUGUCGCUCCGCGCGCGCGCGCGAGCGAGAGAGAGAGACGACGACGUCAAGAGACACUCUCAAGACGCUCCGUUGUUCGCGGUUACAAACCCGCCGCUGGAACUUCGCGAAACCCGGACCAGACAUCUCCUUGAAGUGUCGCGUCCGCGUCGGCUGCUGCUCGCUGCUACUGCUGCUGCUGGCGGGGCCAAGCCGGGCUGCGCGGCCUCGCUGUACGGACAGAAUGGUUCACUGCGCUGGCUGUGAGAGACCCAUACUCGACCGGUUUCUGCUCAACGUCCUAGACCGUCCGUGGCACGUGAAGUGCGUCCAGUGCUGCGACUGCAAAUGCCAUCUGAGCGAGAAGUGCUUCUCCCGCGACGGGAAACUCUACUGCAAGAGCGACUUUUUCAGGAGGUUCGGAACGAAAUGCGCCGGCUGCCUGCAGGGCAUCUCGCCGAGCGACCUGGUGCGGCGAGCCCGCGGCUCCGUCUUCCACCUCAACUGCUUCACGUGCCUCGUGUGCCGCAAGCAGCUGUCCACGGGCGAGGAGCUCUACGUGCUCGACGAGAGCAAGUUCGUGUGCAAGGAGGACUACCUGAGUAGUAGCGGACUCAAGGACACGGGCGCGAACUCGGUGACCACGUGCAGCGACCGCAGCAUGUCGCCCGACCUGCAGGAGCAGGGCGUCGACGAGGCGAAGGAGGGGGACCAGUCGGCGUCGUCCGACAAGGAGGCGGGCGCCGGCGAGGCGGAGGAGCAGAGCCUCGGCGCCAAGCGGCGCGGCCCCCGCACCACCAUCAAGGCCAAGCAGCUGGAGACCCUCAAGGCGGCGUUCGCGGCCACCCCGAAGCCCACGCGGCACAUCCGCGAGCAGCUGGCGCAGGAGACCGGCCUCAACAUGCGCGUCAUACAGGUUUGGUUCCAGAACCGGCGCUCCAAGGAGCGGCGGAUGAAGCAGCUGAGCGCCCUCGGGGCGCGCCGCCACGCGUUCUUCAGGAACCCGAGACGCAUGCGCACCCUGGGAGGUCGCCUCGACGAGGCGGAGAUGAUGGCGAGCGGACCCUUCAACUACUACGGCGACUACCAAGGCGACUACUACGUCCCGGGCAGCAGCUACGACUUCUUCCCGCAAGGGGGGCCCCCGGGGCAGCCGCAGAGCGCGGCCGAGCUCGCCUUCCUCCCCACCGCGGGGGGGCUCGCGGGACCCGGCGAGCACCCCCACCAUGCUCAUCCGCACCCUCACCACGCUCACCCGCACCCUCACCAGCACCCCCACCACCCGACCAGCAUCCCCGGUCCCGACGCCGGAGGGGUGCCUCGCUUCGCAGACAUGCUGCCCCACGGGGGAGCGGGGGGGCCCGGAGGCGGAGGAGGUGGCGGCCCGGAGCCUCAACCCGGAGGGGGGCCGCCGCCACCGCCGCACCUGCACGCCAUGGGGGUCCCACAGGGGGACGUGUACGUGAGCGCGGGGCCCAGCCCCCCAUUCCACAUUCCCGGGGCGGGACCUGGGCCCUAUAACGGCCACCCGCUGGCGCACCCGGAGAUGGGCGAGGGCACGAAACCCAAGAAACUGAAAGAAACCCAAGAAACAGAGAAACCCAGGAAACCGAUAGAGAAACCCAAGAAACUUAAAGCGAACCCCAAGAAACCGAUAGAGAACCCCAAGAAACCGAUAGAGAAACCGAGAGAGAAACCCAAGAAACUGGGAGAGAAACCCAAGAAACCGAGAGAGAAUCCCAAGAAACUGCGAGAGAAACCCAAGAAACCGAUAGAGAAACUCAAGAAAACCCAAGAAACUGAGAGAGAAACUCAAGAAAUUUAA